AAAUGGUGUAAGACUAUCACAGGACUGUAAGCUAUGGAAAUGGAUUUGUAAUCUCUCACUUCAUAAGCAGGGGUGGUUCUUGUUCUCCUCGUCUCCUUUGUAGAAAGAGGGUAGGAUAGUAUCAGUCUGCCAUGGCUACUCAAGGUCAAGUCAUCAAGUGCAAAGCUGCUGUUGCAUGGGAGGCAAACAAGCCCCUGGUGAUAGAAGAUGUGGAUGUGGCCCCGCCGCAGGCUGGCGAGGUCCGGAUCAAGAUCCUUUUCACCGCUCUCUGCCACACCGAUGCCUAUACUUGGAGCGGAAAGGAUCCUGAGGGUCUCUUUCCUUGUAUUCUCGGCCAUGAAGCUGCUGGGAUUGUUGAGAGUGUUGGUGAAGGAGUAACUGAAGUGCAACCUGGAGACCAUGUCAUACCUUGUUACCAGGCAGAAUGCAGAGAAUGUAAGUUUUGUAAAUCAGGGAAGACAAAUCUCUGUGGCAAAGUGCGGGCAGCUACUGGUGUUGGUGUGAUGAUGAAUGACCGCAAGAGCCGUUUCUCAGUAAACGGUACUCCUAUCUAUCAUUUCAUGGGAACAUCGACAUUUAGUCAAUACACAGUUGUACAUGAUGUCAGUGUUGCAAAAAUUGAUCCAAAAGCCCCACUGGAUAAAGUAUGUCUGCUCGGUUGUGGUGUUCCAACAGGUCUUGGAGCAGUUUGGAACACAGCAAAGGUUGAACCAGGAUCUAUUGUUGCUAUUUUCGGCCUUGGGACUGUUGGCCUUGCGGUUGCGGAGGGUGCAAAAACAGCUGGAGCUUCACGUGUAAUUGGUGUAGAUAUCGACAGCAAGAAGUUUGAUGUUGCAAAGAACUUUGGAGUUACAGAAUUUGUGAAUCCAAAAGACCAUGAUAAACCAAUUCAGCAGGUGCUUGUUGAUCUCACCGAUGGGGGCGUCGACUACAGUUUUGAGUGCAUAGGAAAUGUUACUGUGAUGAGGGCUGCUCUAGAAUGCUGCCAUAAGGGUUGGGGAACAUCUGUUAUUGUGGGUGUUGCAGCAUCUGGUCAGGAGAUAUGUACUCGUCCGUUCCAGCUGGUCACAGGGCGUGUUUGGAAGGGAACUGCCUUUGGUGGUUUCAAAAGCCGCUCUCAGGUCCCUUGGCUCGUUGACAAGUACAUGAAGAAGGAAAUCAAGAUUGAUGAGUACAUUACCCACUCUCUGACCCUUGGAGAGAUCAAUGAGGCAUUCCAUCUGCUACAUGAAGGGGGCUGCCUUCGAUGCGUGCUCACAGUGCAUCCAUGAGGUGAUCUAAUUGCCCUUUACUCCGUAUUAAGCUUGUUCGCCUCUUUCUCCUCGUUUUGAUAGGGGCGGCAGUCUCAACAUUUCCGAAGUGGUUUUCUCUAUAAGCAGUAGAUAAUGGGUAUUUCAAUGUUCAAACUCCUUGGUUUUAUCUUUCCCAGCGUUUUGAAAUGAACGCGUCGUGCUUCUCAUCUUGAAAUUGUAGUACGUAUGCAAUUAGUUCAUUUUCUAUUUUCCUAAUUA